ACGAACUCUCGAAUUGGAAUUGCAUGUAGUGACUGCUCUGUUCCUCUAUGCACGCCUUUGGUCUUCAUACAUACCUAUCACUUGCCUCUAUACCGCAGAAUUUGGGUCGAUCAAUUCGUUAUAUCAUCACAGUCUUCAAAGUCAACCGAGGCGAUGAAUAAACCAAAGCUGGCCUUCGGGCUCAACCUGACGAAAAAGCCUGGCGCAUCCAAGCCGCUGCCUUCGAGAUCGAAACCCAUGUUUGGUAACCACGACGAUGAUUCAGACGAUGAAGGAACUACCAAAGUCUCCAAUAUUGAAGAAAUUGGAGGCGAUUUGGACGAUUUCACAUCUGUUCCAGCUCAAGCACCGUCAGACUCAACGAGGGGACCCAAAUCAAAAAAGGGUCUCAUAAAUGAACCACCAAAGCUAAAAUCAAAACCUCAAACAAGUACAAUGUUUGGCGAUCUCUCCAGCACACUCGCCUCGCGCAAAAACGCCGAGGCAGCCACCGAACUGGACGCCAGCGUCUACGAGUACGACUCCAUAUACGAUUCCAUGAAGCCACAGAAGAACAAGUCCAAGGAAGAUGAAGAACGAAAACCAAAAUACAUGAAGAACUUGAUGCGCGCGGCCGACGUGCGGAAACGAGACCAGCUGAUUGCUGAGGAAAAGAAGAUUGCGCGGGAGCGCGAAGCCGAGGGAGACGAGUUCGCAGACAAGGAGAAGUUUGUGACGGAGGCAUAUAAGAAACAGCAAGAGGAGAAUAAGAAAUUAGAGGAAGAGGAGCGCAGGAAAGAAGAGGAGGAGGCGAAGAAGAAUGAGGGCACUGGCAUGGCGUCUUUCUACCGGAAGCUGCUGGACAAGGAGCAGGAGAGACAUGCAGAGACGGUUCGGGCCGCGGAAGAAAUGGCCAAGAGAGGUCCUACAGAGGCAGAUGGAGAGGGUGGAGGAGAGGCCGAUGAUGAUAAGGAAAAAGAAUACGCCAAGGCGGCGCAGGAGCUCAAUGAAAAGGGCGCUUCCAUCUCCGUCAACGAAGACGGCCAAGUCGUCGAUAAGCGACAAUUGCUCAAGGGCGGCCUCAACGUCGGCGCAAAGAAGCAAGUAGAGGCGCAGCGAGAAGCCGAACGACCGGUGGAGCGGGAGCGUCGGGAAAUCACAGGGCAGCAGCUCGGCCGGAAGCAGGCCAUGAGGGAGCGGCAGUCGCGGAUGCUGGCGGAACAGCUGGAGGCGUCGCUGAAGCGCACGCGGGAGGCGGAGGAGACGAAGAGGGAGGAGACGGAAAGGGCGGCCAAGACGCGCAAGACGGAGGGGGAGAUUAUGGGGGCCAAGGAGAGGUAUCUGGCGAGAAAGAGGGCGGCGGAGGAGGAGAAGAAGAAGGCUGCUGCUGGGGCUGCGGCGGAGUGAUGGCGCGGAUGAUGAUGUAUAUAUACGCACUUACAUAUAGAUACCCAAAACGGAAUGUAAUGAAUGAUACACGAGUUGCAAGGC